AUAUGGCGGAGAACAGCCAGCCCAACCUUGGGUUAUAAUGUCAUCUCUCCGCCUCACCCUUACCCCCGGCCCUUUCUCUCUACCGAUCUAUAGCGGUAUUUUAUUAUCGCUAACCUCACAGUAAUCCAUCCGGCGAAAACCUAAAGCAAAAGUAGGAGCAAAAUAUUCGUCCUAGUUUAAGGUAUGCGAGGGGAUACGAGGGCAGCGGCGGAGAUGUCCGUUGCGGAUGCUGCCGCUGCGGCGGACAAAGGUAAGGAGAAGGUGGAGGAGCCUGUGCCCCCGGCGAGGGCGGCGGGGGGCGGAAAUGGGAGGUUCAUGGCGUACCCGGCGCGGAUGGCGGAGCACAAAAGCGUGGUGGCGGACGCCGCCCUCUUCAGGGCUGAGCUCGAGAAGCUGCACGCGCACAUGGGCACAAAACUCAAGGUGCCAAUUAUUGGUGGAAAAGACCUGGAUCUUCAUCAACUAUUUAAGGAAGUUACCUCACGAGGUGGCAUUGAUAAGGUCAAGGCAGAAAACAGAUGGAGAGAAGUAACCGCGUCAUUUAUUUUCCCUGCGACUGCGACAAAUGCUUCUUUUAUGUUGAAAAAAUACUAUAUGUCUCUGUUAUACCAUUUUGAACAGCUCUACUUCUUUGGAGGACAGGGCUGGUAUCAACAAGAAAGUGAUCCCAGAUCACUGCCUUGCAUAGAAGUGAGAGCUGAAACACAAAACAUCGACAAAAGAAAAAGGGCCACCAAUGCCUCUUCAGACCCAGCUUUGGCUUCUGAUAAUGUCGAUGUGGAUGUAAUAAUUGAUGGCAAGUUUGAACAUGGUUACAUUGUAACUGUUAUUACGGGAUCAAAAUCCACAAAAGCAGUCCUUUAUAAUUACAGUGAGGAACCUGCUCUUACAACUCUGGCACCUACUAUGCACGUAAACAACACUGCUUCGAAGGGUGGACGUAGGCGGAGGCAACGCAGGAAGAAGCUAAGUACAACAGACCCCAGACAUCCCAAACCGAACAGGAGCGGCUAUAAUUUCUUUUUCCAAGACCAGCACAGAAAGCUAAAGCCAGAUUAUCCUGGCCAGGACAGGCUGAUUAGUAAAAUGAUUGGUGAACGGUGGAACAAUCUAAGCCCCGAAGACAAAGCUGUGUACCAAGAAAGAGGUGUACAGGACAAGGAGAGAUACCAGUCUCAGUUGGCUGCUUAUAAAGAAGAACUGAGAACAGGCCAGCCUAUGAGCAAUCCUAUGCCUAUUAUCGGCAAUGCACCUAUCCAGCAGACAUUUCCCCAGACAGAAGUAACUAUUGAUGAAGUGGACUCCAAAGUCAGUAAAGGAGAUAUGCUGCUGUCCAAUCAAAGGUACAACAACAGUGACGAAGGUGUUGAUUCAGGUGGAAAACUUGUUGAAGAUGAAGAGUUCAACACGGAUACAUCUCCUGAGCCUAGCAUUGAUACCACUGAUUCGCCUGGGCUGCUUGAUCCUUCUGCUGAUGGCGACCGAUUUGAACUUCGCAGGAGGGAGAACCCCAACAAAAAUGAGAAACAGAGCACUGCACCUAAAUAAUGAUUGGAAAAUGACUUAAUGGUACAUUCUUCUGGUACAAGAUUGGAAGUAAUAAGUUGAAGCGAGCGGCAGGUUAUGCCUACUGCCUUGGAUGUAGGAUCAGGUUGAUGUCUCAUUUUUAUUCCUUCUAUAUAUCAGCAUUGUUGUAGAAACUGCUACGGGCUGAUUUAUGUGGGUAACGCUCUAUUAGCGCAUGAAAUGCUGUGGGUUUUUUCUUCAGUUUGGAACAUCCCAAGUUGAUAUGUUGAAUUGGUUGGAUGGACGAUA